UAUACUGUCAUUCUAUCCCGCAUCAUUCGACAGAAGACUACUCUAUCUGUUCAAGCAAAUUCUUUGUAGAUAUGUUCCACUUGCUGGUUUUGAUCUGCCUGACAACCUGCCUGACCAUGACAACUGGUCAUACCUUCAAUACUGUUUAUUCAUGGAGGCAGAUCGAAUUCGAAUUUCCAAAUGAUACCGUCCGAAACGAGUAUAUAGCUUCCGGCGAUUACAUUCCAGAGAAUAACAUGCCAUUAGGUUUGGCCAUUUGGCACAAAAAAAUGUUUGUCACGGUACCGCGAUGGAAAAAAGGUGUUUUAGCCACUUUAAACAGCUUUUCAAUGGACGACAACAAACAUAGUCCAGUCUUAACACCGUAUCCCGAUCUUGAAGCAAACAACAUUAAUUCAUCUGAUGGUCUCGUAAGCAUAUUCCGGGUCAGAAUCGAUAGCUGCGAUCGCAUGUGGGGUCUAGACACAGGAGUAAACGAUAUUUUGGGAGAUACCAAAGUCGUACGACCGAUGAGACUUAUUGUUAUCGAUUUAAAAACAAACAUGAUUAUACGCAAAUAUUCUUUGAAAGAAUCGGAUUUAAAGCCAGAUAGUUUUAUUGCCGACCUUGUAGUUGAUGUUGCACCUGGACAAUGCGACAAAGCGUACGCGUAUAUGAGCGACUUCAGCGAAUAUGGCAUAGUGGUAUAUAGCUGGGAACAGAAUGAUUCUUGGCGGAUUAAUCAUCACUUCUUCCAUUUUGAUCCGUUGAACGGUGAUUACAAUGUAAGCGGUUAUAAUUUCCAAUGGACUGACGGUGUUUUUGGAAUGUCGCUGUCACCGAUUUAUACUGACGGGAAUAAAAUGCUCUAUUUCCAUUCCAUGUCUGGUAUCACGGAAUUUUCCGUACCAACAGAUGUUCUAAAGGAUAGAGGAUUGAGAAAAUCGGAAGUCUAUAAUAAUUUCCAUAUUGUUGGUACCAAGGGACCAUUGACUCAAGGGCCAUCUUCUAUUAUUGAUCCGAAAACAUGUAUCGAUUAUUUUACUCAAGUUAACAGAAACGGUAUCGCAUGUUGGGAUAUCACGAUGAAAUUAAAUCCAAAAACAUUCAAAUUAGUGGCGCAGGACAACACAACAUUGGUGUUUCCUCAGGAUAUAGUUAUCGAUAAUGAGUCUCGAAAAUUAUAUGUGCUUUCUAAUAAUUUACAAAAAUUCACGCACGAUAGUUUAGAUCCGUUAGCGACAAACUUUUUUAUUACUUCAGCUGAUCUCGAGACAUUGACACCUUUAUGUAAAGAUGAUGCAACGAAAUAAUUAAAGAAGAGCAAUAAAAACAUCCUGAAUAUAAUUAUAUGCCUAUAACAUGUCGUAUAUGACAAUGCAUUGACGCACUCUGUAUACUCUGUCUCAUACUCGUACGUAUAAAAUAUCGGAUGUCUCUCAAGUAUAUAUAAAUUUUUAUUAUUACUUUUACCUCAACAUUUGAGUAUAUAAUCGUAAAUAAACAUUUUUCUUCAUUAAAC